UUUCAGUAAUCAACACCUCUUUGCAGUGGCCGUUUCUUUGAUUGUAUAGUUUUCUCAACCUUACUUUAUAAUAGUGGUAACUUUGUGAUUUUGAUUUCAGAGCAUAUUUAUAUUCAACAAACCACCAUGGGUCCAAAAAUUUGUAUAAUUGGGGCAGGAUUUUCUGGAAUGGCAGCAGCGAUUCAGAUUCGAAAACAGUUAGGACUAACGGACUUUGUUAUGUUUGAUGAAAAUGAGGAUGUAGGAGGCACUUGGCUUGUAAACAAAUAUCCUGGUUGUGCUUGUGACGUGGCGUCACAUCUGUACAGCUUCAGUUUUGAACCAAACACAGAUUGGUCUCAGCAAUACUCCUCCCAGCCCGAAAUUUUGAGAUAUUUACAGAAAGUUGCAAAAAAGCAUGACCUUUACCGAAACAUCAAAUUCAACCAUAAAGUUAAUAAGCUGACCUGGGAAGAAAAUAUAAGCAAAUGGAGGGUUGUGGUUUACAACAAACGCAGCAAAAUGGAGAGCGAAGUUAUUUUCGAUGUCAUAAUUAGCGGGAUUGGAAGCCUUCGUAUUCCUAAUAUUCCAGAUGAAUUCGCGACCUUCAAGGGAACAAGAAUGCAUUCCGCAGAAUGGGACACUUCAGUCAAGUUGGAGGGCAAGUCAGUGGCGAUUGUUGGAAGUGGAGCGUCUGCGGUUCAGAUUAUCCCGUCAAUUGCUAAAAAGGUGGAAAGGCUAGUAGUAUAUCAAAGGCAUCCAGCUUGGGUAGUUCCACGUAUGCAGUUCAAGAUUCCAGAGUUUUUGAAGUGGUCUUUCGAGUCGCUGCCCGGUGUGCGAGGGCUUUACCGAUCCUACAUUUUCUUAAACCAUGAAUUCGUUUACCCUGCAUUCAAACAGGGGUCGCUUUUUCAGAAAAUUGGAAAAAUUCUGUCGGAAUUCUUUGUAAAUCAUCAACUUGGUCACAAUCCUGAGCUUAUGGAGAAAGUCAAACCCAACUAUGAAUUUGGGUGCAAACGCAUCACACCUAGCAAUAUAUAUUAUCCUGCACUGGCCCUCCCACACGUGGAGGUCGUGCGCAGAGAAAUCACUAAAGUUAAGGAAAAUUCAAUCGUGACAGAAGAUGGAAAAGAGGAGAAAGUCGAUGUGCUAAUUUUGGCAACCGGCUUCAACGUGCAAGAUUUCUUUUUCCCUUUGGAAAUCAAGGUAAAAAAUGGGGUUGACCUUAUGCAAUUGUGGAAGAAAGAGGGGCCAGCGGCAUAUAAAGGCAUUUGCUGUUCAGCUGCUCCAAACUUAUUUCACCUGUUGGGACCAAACUCGAGCCUGGGUCACAACUCGGUUGUGUUUCUCCUGGAAUGUCAAGUAGAUUACGUAGUGCAGAUAAUCAGGGAGUUGAUGGAGCGCGAGGCGAGCGUCGUGUGCGUCAAGGAGUCGGUGGAGGGGAACUACAUGGCUCAACUGUUGAAGGCCAUGGAGGGGACUGUGUGGGCCUCGGGAUGUGGCUCCUGGUAUACUGACCACCGCGGGGUCGUCACGGCCCUCAACCCCUACUGUCUCAGCAGCUGCUGGCUUCAAUUACGUAAAUUUAACUCCAACGACUACAACUUCCACUGACACGCUGACAUAUUAUUUCAAAUAAACUAAUGCUUCACUUUAAUU